AUGGCGAAGAUUGACUUCCAGCCGACCGAUCAUCAAUCUUCAGCGGCCGCAACACUAUCCCCGACAAAGAAACCAGUAAACAGAGGAAUCGAAAAGUCUCCAAUCAAUGCACCGUUGGAUCCAAAUUACAAGAAUACGUGUAAUAAGGCAUUAACUGAUCCUAAAACAGGAACGUUGCAUGAAGUGCCCAACAAGGAUUCUAGAUCAAAUCAAGAACGUGAUGCCUACACCCCUAUAAAUGGGCCACUGGUAACUUACACUCUUAGGUCAUUGGAGAAUUUAGUUCCACUUGGUUAUUUUGGGCCAUUCCCCAACAAUAAUAUGAAAUUCUCAUUCACAUCCAAUUAG